GUAGAAAAAAGAAAGCAAAAGCUCGUGUGUGUGAUUGUGUAUUUCUGUGUGUCAUUGCAUGAUACCAUUUGGACAUCAAUGAGGCUAUGUUUACAAUUUCUGUAAACAUGAGGUGAAACAAAACACCAGAGAUGCUUUGCCCCAGAUAGAAACUGCAGGAGUUAAUCAGAAAAAAAAAUUGCAAACAUUUCUUUUUAAUCCAUUGCAAUGUCGGAGACACUUCCUUGCCAGCAGGUAUCUCAGGGUCACAGGCAUUUCUCCCCUUAGCCUGUACACUUCAUCUGAGUACAGAACCAACCAGAACUUCAUGCGCUGUUUUCAAACCAGCGCUUGUUGCCAACACAAAGAUAUGAACUCCAAUGAACUCAGCGAAGACAGCUCAACAACACCAACCACUAAAACACCCAUCACCAAAACUCCAAAACCGAUUUCAGAGAGUGUGAAGAAGGCCAAGUGUGAAGCAUUAUGGGGGAUGUUUAUUGGAGAUGCUUUGUCCAUGCCAGUCCACUGGUACUACAACACCAAUGAUAUCCUGAAGAACUAUGACAGAUGGAUAUCAGACUACAUAGCUCCAAAGACAUUUUACAGUGGAUCCAUUCUUCCACUGUCUGCGGUUGGUGACAGUGGUCGCAUAUCUUCAAGUAACAAUCGAAACGAAACCAUUAUAGGCCAAGUAAUUUUACAUGACAAGCUUAAAUUCUGGACGAGUGGAGAUCCAUAUUUUUACCACCAAGGGAUGAAGCCAGGUGAUAAUACUCUUAAUAUGUUGGUCGCUCUGAAAAUGCUUCAGACCAUGCAAGAAACUGACCCAUGGGCACUAAAGUCCGACCAAGAAGUCAUGGCCAGUGUACUGGAGUCCUAUGUCCAUUUCAUGACCACACCCAACACUCACAAUGAUACAUAUGCAGAAUCUUUCCAUCGGCUGUUCUUCAAAGACUGGAAUGCCGUUCCUGACCCUCCAUUAAGGGGACAAGACAUUUUUGAUUUUGCUAAAAGAAGAUCGCGGCAAAUUUUAUCUCGACCACCUGAUAGCCAACUGGCGAGCAUCGGGGCUUUAGUAUUGGUUUUGCCUUGGGUUCUACGCAAUGCCGGCAAAACCGAAGACGAGUGUGCACAGACAGCAGUUGAAUUCAUCAAGUUAACGCACCCAGUUCAAUCCCUGAUUCCCUUUGUUGACAUGUACUCCCGACUGUUUCACGCCACCUUGAACGGGUUUGAUUUGGGAUCUGAAGUAAGAAAAAUACUGGCACACGCUUCAUUGGGAGGCCACGACAACAGACACAUGAUGUUACAUUUAGCAGAUCAAGUAAGCAGCACUGAAAAAUCGUUAAAAAGUCACCAAAGAAACACCAGUUUACUUGGAUUAGCCUGCUACAUAGAAUCUUCCAUGAAAACUCUACUCUAUCUGAUGCUGUGUUUUGCUGAAGACUUCAACAGUGGUACAUACGUCAACACCAAUAGUGGAGGUGAGAACUGUCAUCGUGGUGCAGCAUUAGGAGCUGUUUUAGGUGCAGCUUCGGUGCAGGGAAAAAGUGAGAAGAUAAAAAACGUGUGGAAAAGCGGCCUGACGUUACAUGAAGAACUACAGAAACUAGAAGCUAGUUUUCUUGCAUCUGAACCUAGUCGAGAGAGUUAGUCCCGUGCCCCCCCCCUCAUCCCAGCAUACACACUCCUGAUGAGAGUUACCUCCCUUCCAUAUAGACACUUGGUGUCAACAGCUGUGUUGCUCUGGUUAAUUAGACGUAGAAAAAAAAACUACUCUAAUUCAUCUAAAGAAAUUAGUU